CUUGAGGCCCAGUACGCAAUGUACUUCAGCUCCAACUGUAGUUUGAAUCCAUGCAUUGGCGCGCCUAUAAAUAGCUAACACGACUUGCAGUUUGAAGUUGGCAACAGUCAGUCACAUUUCAAAUCACAACAAUGGGAAAGCGUAUGAGAAGAACCAGACCUCUAUGUUGCUGUGUAUCUCCUCGAUUAACAACUACAUUUCUCACUUCCCGUUCUAUCUUCUCCUGGUACGAAGAGGACCUGUGGACAGAGAUUGCUAAGCUCUUGGAUGGAAAAUCUUUGGUGAUGCUUGCAGCAACUAGUAAGUGGUUCCAUUGUAUCAUGAUGGAGGAUAGCAUAUGGAAAUAUGCAUGCUUGCGAGACCUCCAGGUUCCUGAUCCUGGAAAAGUAACAUCCAAAUGGAUCAACUUAUAUGCAACAGCCUUUAAUGGAUGCCACUCUUACAUGUUUCGCCAGCAGGAUAAGCAUAUCGACUGGAUGCGCAUUGGAGCAUUUUCCUUCGACUCGCGAAAUGCACUCCUGACAAGGAAUUUGAUCCCUUCCUUGAAAUUCCUUAAGGAGAAGACAACUGAGAAGAUGUUGGAGUUAAAUGGGUGCUGUGUGGUCAGAAAUGUCAAGAAUGGAAUCUGGAUUGCUGAUUUGCAGCUUGUUCGUUGCCCAGUCUGUGACCUCAACACAUGUGAUGGAACGAUGCAGGUAUUAGACGCAAGACAUAUUGAACUGUUUCUAAAUGAAGGAUACCAGGAUGGAAGCUGGGACUAUGAGUUGCUAGGUUCCCAAAAUGAGAAUAAGAAAGCUGAUGGAGCAUCUGCUGGUAUAUUUGAUGUCAAACAUCUCAAAGAUUGCUCAACUUCUGCUGUUCUUGAUGUCAAGUCAUGGGUAGGAAAGUCCAACGAUUGGCAACCAAAAUCUAUGAUAACCCCUUAUGCAGUAGCAAUCAACACAAACUUGCAAGAGAAUGAAGGUCUUUGCAUAAAAUUCCAUGUCAUGAAGUCCGGGAAGAAUGGUGAAAUUGUUUCGAUCAGAAUAUCAGAGCAGCUCCUGUGAUUUUGUCGAAUACUAUCAAGUAUAGUCUAACAAAACCUGCCAAGUAUAAUCUUACUGUCUACCAAACCAGAGCUCAUUGUUUCAGCAAAUAUUAGAUCUAAGCCUAUAACUCCAUAAAUACAACAAUCAGCCCACUAUCAAUAAGUUUCAAAAGGGUUGUACUCCAAGUUAUACCUAGCAAAUUCAAAAAAUGUAUAAUUUUUUAGUAAACGAUUCUUGUUUGUAAUAUAUUACUUACUAGCCAAUUAACAGGCAAAUUCAUGAUGCAGCCUGACUU